UCUGCAGCCAUUUGUCAACGCUGGUGAGUCAGCUGCGAUUUUUGAAGGAAGAAUGACAGAAAACUUUAACUCAGAGACAAAAUGCGUCUUGGAGACUGCCUUAAAAACAGCUGUUCGUGUUGUCGGGCAUUCAAACGAAGAAAAGCUCUUGAAGGACCCGAGCACAACACGAAAGUCGGAUGUCAUCAUGGAAAUGCUGGCACGUGAAGCUACAAGAAAGAUUAGUGCCAUUUUCUCCCAACUGUGCUUAGUGCUGCACAAUGAAAACACGACUCUAAAAACCAAAGUCGGACAACUGGAGAGUGAAUUAGAGAUUAUGACUGAAAACGUUGAAACGGCCAGAUUAUGGAGAGAAAAUGUCCUGAAAGGUUGCCCAGUCCUGUUUGAGGAAAGUGGGUUGAUUUUCACCUUGAAGCCAUGUGGAAAGCUAAAAAACCAAAUGGAUAAUGUGACAGAGGAAGUCAUAAAAGCACCUACUCCUGCUCAGGUGCAGGGAGGACAUGAUGGUGAAAGUGGAGACGCAACGAAGGAGCUGGACUCUGAAGCUGAGGCCUCGUCAGUAAAUAGUCAAGACACUACAGACACUGCUGACGACUGUACUCCAGUAAACAUGAUGUCCAAAACCAGUGACAGCCAAAACACACAGGAAGUAGAUGUCAAGAAGAAGCGGAGGGUGUUUGUAUGUGAUGUCUGUAACAAGAGCUUCAACCGGCAAUUUCAUCUGAUGAAGCACAUGAACACUCACAAAGAGCAGAGGCCUUUCGCCUGCAACCAGUGUUCGAGAAAAUUCAGAAAUACAUCAGCUUUGGAGCACCACCUGCUGCGCCAUGAGGAGAAGAAAUGUGUUUCCUUUCAGUGCCAGAUCUGUGAGAGGAUGUUCAAAACAAAAGAGAACUUGAAGUCUCAUCUCCUUGUUCACACAGACAAAAGGCCGUUCAUCUGCUCCACCUGUGGGAAGGGCUUCAAAACCAAAGGCAACCUUCAGGCUCAUCAGGUCGUCCACACCAACGAUAAAACACACAAAUGUUCAGAGUGUGGUGAAAGUUUCAGGUAUGCAUUCACCCUGCAGUGCCAUAAAAGCAUUCAUACUGGAGAAAAUCCUUACAAAUGCACAGAGUGUGACAAGGUAUUUACAAAGAGGAGAUCCCUGAGGUCGCACCAGUUGGUCCACAGAGGUAAAAUGUUCACAUGCGAGACAUGUGGAGUAGGUUUCACCCUUCAGCAAAACCUUAAGAGACACAUCCGUAUUCACACUGGUGAAAAACCUUUCAAAUGUAAACUCUGUGGGGAGAGUUUUAUUCAGGACAACAAGCUGAAAAAACACAUGCUUCUUCACGGUGCUUCAAAGUCAUUCAUGUGUGAUCUGUGUGGAAAGACUUUUUUGUACAACUGCCAGCUGCAGAAACACCAAAAAGCAACUCACAAUGAAAAAUAUGGACAUGUGAUCAGGAGACAAAGUCAGGAGCGAGGUAACCGCAGAGUUAUCUACCGACAAGACAGAACCUCGGUGGACAUGACGCCAUUUACCUGCAAGACCUGUCACAAGAGCUGUGACACUAUGACUUCACUGAAAAGACAUGAGCUGAUCCACACAGGUCAGACGCACUACAACUGCCACACGUGUGGAAAGUCUUUUUUCUACAAAGCCACAUAUGACUACCAUCAGCGGAUACACUCAGGAGAACGGCCGUUCGGUUGUGACAUAUGUGGGAAGAGGUUUAUCAUCAAUCAGGCUCUCAAAUCCCACAAACUGCAACACUCGGGAGAGAGACCACAUACAUGUGGGCAGUGCGGCAAGGCCUUCAGGAUCUACUCAAACUACCGUAGACAUUUACGGAUUCACACUGGGGAGAAGCCAUACGAGUGUGGAGUUUGUGGAGGGAGGUUCAGACAGCUUGGCCAUGUGAAGUUUCACAUGCAGGUCCACACAGGAGAAAGACCGUAUUCCUGUAGCAGCUGUGGACUUGGAUUUUCAGAUUCAAGGCUGCUCAAGAGACAUAACUGUGCUGAGAAGUAUCCGAAAAUGUUAGGGAACACACUCACACUGACCUGAAAUGUAAGUGUUAACGUUGUGCCCCAGUGAAGUGCUAUUCUGUUUAAAUGUAUAUGUUAAACAUAUAUGUAUAUGUCUAUAUGUUAAUGUAUAUGUAACAUAACAUGUUUCACAACCAAAAUAAAUUAAACAUGUGUCAACAUAUGCAGAUGGGAUUUUCUGAUAAUUGUUGCUUGAAGAAAAUGUAAUCUCAGGGCAGGGCCAACACGCAGGGCCAACACACGCAGACAAACAACCAUUCACUCUCA